AUGGACAUGCUGACUAAUCUCAGCUGUCUUUCUCCAUUUAUCAUUCUGAUUCUGUUUUCUCAUUCCUACAGGACAGCCAUACAAUUCCCCACGGAGAACAGUACAGGGGUGACCGAGUUCAUUCUUGUGGGGUUAACUAAUGACCCAGAACUGCAGAUCCCACUCUUCAUAAUCUUUCUUUUUAUCUACCUCAUCACUCUGGUUGGAAACCUGGGGAUAAUUGGAUUGAUUCUGUGGGACUAUCGUCUCCACACUCCCAUGUACUUUUUCCUCAGUAGCCUCUCCCUGGUGGACGUUGGUUAUUCCUCUGCUGUCACUCCCAAGGUGAUGGCAAGCUUCCUCACGGGAGACAAAAUCAUGCCCUACAGUGCUUGUGCCACUCAGUUCUUCUUCUUUGUAGCCUUCAUCACUGUGGAAAGUUUCCUCUUGGCCUCAAUGGCCUAUGACCGCUACGCAGCAGUCUGUAACCCCCUCCAUUACACCACCACCAUGACUGCAGGUGUGUGUGCUCAUCUGGCCACAGGCUCCUACGUCUCUGGUUUCCUCAAUGCCUCCAUCCACACGGGGAACACUUUCAGGCUCACCUUCUGUAGGUCCAACGUAGUUGACCACUUUUUCUGUGACGCUCCUCCUCUCCUGGCUCUCUCAUGCUCAGACACCUACAUCAGUGAGAUGGUUAUUUUUCUUGUGGUGGGCUUCAACGACUUCUUCUCUAUCCUGGUCAUCUUGAUCACCUACUUGUUUAUAUUUUUUGCCAUCCUGAGGAUGCGCUCACGUGAAGGACGCCAGAAGGCUUUUUCCACCUGUGCGUCCCACCUCACCACUGUUUCUAUCUUCUAUGGGACAGGCAUCUUCAUGUACUUACAACCCAGCUCCAGCCACUCCGUGGGCACAGACAAAGUCGCAUCUGUAUUCUAUGCCAUAGUCAUUCCCAUGCUGAAUCCGCUGGUCUACAGCCUGAGGAACAAAGAGGUCAAGAGUGCUUUUAAAAAGACUGUGGGGAAAGCAAGGUCUUCCAUAGGAUUUAUAUUUUAA